UCCUCCCUCUCCUCUCUCUCUAUUCUUCCUUCCUUUUAUUUAUCAAUAGAAUUGUUCCAUCGUUCAACCCUCUUUUUCUCUCUCUCUCUCUCUGCACCAUCGCACCUAAAAUCGAAAUCCAACUCAAAGACCAAAAUGGCGAUGGCGAAUCUCGCACGGCGGCGUUCCGCCGCCCUCCUUUCCUCCUCCUCCUCCACCUCUCUAUGCAACGCUUCCAACUACUCACGGAUCCUUUCCACUCGCAUCACCAGAGGAUUCUCCUCUGCAUCUGAGGACAACGAUGUGGUCGUUAUAGGCGGCGGCCCUGGUGGUUACGUCGCUGCUAUCAAGGCCGCGCAACUCGGCCUCAAGACCACCUGCAUCGAGAAGCGUGGAGCACUUGGCGGAACCUGCCUCAACGUCGGCUGCAUCCCGUCUAAGGCACUGCUUCAUUCCUCCCAUAUGUAUCAUGAAGCAAAGCAUUCAUUCCCCAGUCAUGGUGUAAAGUUUUCUUCGGUUGAGAUUGAUCUACCCGCCAUGAUGGCCCAAAAGGAUAAAGCUGUGGGUAAUUUGACUAAGGGUAUUGAAGGCCUGUUCAAGAAAAACAAAGUAACCUACGUGAAGGGGUAUGGCAAGUUCCUUUCCCCGACUGAAGUUUCCGUAGACACUUUAGAUGGUGGUAGCACCACUGUGAAAGGAAAGAACAUUAUAGUAGCUACUGGUUCUGAUGUCAAAGGUCUUCCUGGAAUAACCAUUGAUGAAGAGAGAAUUGUAUCGUCUACAGGAGCUUUAGCCUUGAAAGAGAUUCCUAAGAAACUUGUGGUAAUAGGUGCUGGGUACAUUGGCCUUGAGAUGGGUUCUGUCUGGGGGCGCCUUGGCUCAGAAGUUACUGUUGUUGAAUUUGCAGCAGACAUUGUCCCGAGCAUGGAUGGCGAAAUCCGUAAACAAUUUCAGCGCACCCUUGAGAAGCAGAAGAUGAAAUUCAUGCUCAAGACGAAGGUGGUCUCUGUUGACAGCACAGGAAAUUCCGUGAAACUAACCCUUGAGCCAGCAAGUGGCGGUGAUCAGACCACUCUUGAGGCUGAUGUCGUCCUUGUUUCUGCUGGUAGAGUUCCAUUCACUGCUGGACUUCAACUUGAGAAGUUAGGGGUUGAGAUGGAUAAGGGUGGCAGGAUCUUGGUGAAUGAGCGGUUUGCUACCAAUGUACCGGGUGUAUAUGCCAUAGGUGAUGUCAUUCCCGGGCCGAUGCUGGCUCACAAAGCUGAAGAAGAUGGUGUGGCGUGCGUUGAGUACAUUGCUGGGAAGGAAGGUCAUGUGGAUUAUGAUAUGGUUCCGGGGGUUGUCUACACACACCCUGAGGUGGCAAAUGUGGGGAAAACCGAAGAACAGGUUAAAUCGAUGGGAGUUGAUUACCGUGUUGGGAAGUUCCCUUUAUUGGCAAACAGUAGAGCGAAGGCCAUUGAUGAUGCAGAGGGAUUGGUGAAGAUACUCGCGGAGAAGGAGAGUGACAAGAUUCUUGGAGUUCACAUCAUGGCGCCGAAUGCCGGGGAGCUGAUUCAUGAGGCAGUUUUGGCGUUGCAAUAUGGAGCAUCAAGUGAGGACAUUGCGCGCACAUGCCAUGCUCAUCCAACCAUGAGUGAAGCUCUGAAAGAGGCUGCAAUGGCUACCUACGACAAGCCCAUUCACAUCUGAUGAGAGAGAAGGUCUUGUUGCUGGUUGCUCGAUUUUUGGCUGAAAGUUAUAGACAGGAGGACGACGGUGGGGAGCCAUCAGCAGUGAUGCUGAGGUACUUACUAGAUAAGUUUGUUGUUUUUCACCACAGCAUUUAAUAUUUAUUAUCCUUGUAAUUCUGAACCUGAACCUGAACCUUUUUGACGAAGACGACAUAAAAAGGGGGCGAAUAAUUUGCUUGCUUGCUUGCUUUUGCUUGAGCUGUGUAAUGAAAGCCUUGAUUGAAGGAACAAGAUUCUUCACAA